AUGUCCCCAUUAAGUAGAGUUUCUCUGGACAAUGUGUCUGAGAGGAAAGACCAGAUGAGGCUGGGAAUGACGCUGGCAGCUAACCCUAAAGACAACACCUUCAUGGCUUGUGGACCGCUGUGGUCUCAUGAAUGUGGAAGCUCCUUCUACAGCACAGGCAUCUGCUCCACAGUCAGCCAAAACUUCAGAGUGUUUCACACCUUUGCUCCAGCCCUGCAGAGGUGUGAAACUUUCAUGGACAUUGUGAUUGUCCUGGAUGGUUCUAACUCCAUCUACCCAUGGUAUGAAGUCCAGGAUUUUCUCAUCAACAUCCUUCAAAAGUUUUAUGUUGGUCCAGGUCAGACACAGGUGGGUGUGGUGCAGUAUGGUUCCACUGUGGUCCAUGAGUUUGGCCUGGGCGAUUACCAGACGGUGGAGGAGGUAGUGGAUGCUGCCAGGACCAUUGACCAGCGAGGUGGUGAGGAAACCCGGACAGCGCUUGGGAUCAAUGUGGCUCGCACUGAAGGGUUCAGACGCGGUGGUCGUCCAGGUGCUAAGAAGGUGAUGAUUGUGAUCACAGAUGGAGAGUCUCAUGACAGCCCACAGCUUCUGCAGGCCGUCGCUGACAGCGAGAGAGACAACAUCACCAUGUACGCCAUUGCUGUUCUGGGCUACUACAACCGCCGAGGAAUCAACCCUGAAUCCUUUUUGAAAGAAAUCAAGUUCAUUGCGAGUGACCCAGAUGAGAAACACUUCUUCAACGUGUCAGAUGAGUCAUCCCUGAAGGACAUUGUGGAUGCUCUCGGAGAGAGGAUUUUCUCUUUAGAAGGUACAGGAGUCUCCGGAACGUCUUUCGGCCACGAAGUGGGCCGCCUUGGAGAAUCGGUCCACUAUCUUGAGGAUGGUAUUCUGCUCGGAGCAGUGGGUGCCUAUGACUGGAAUGGUGCUGUCCUAAAGCAGACGAAACACGGAAAAGUGGUUCCACCAAAAUCCUCCUAUCAGGAAGAGUUUCCAGAGGAGCUGAAGAACCAUGGAGCUUAUUUGGGUUACUCGCUGGGUUCUGUGAUCUCAGCCCGCAGCUCUCAGCUCUAUGUGGCCGGAGCGCCCAGAUUCAACCACACGGGCAAGAUCAUCAUCUUCACCCUGAAGAACACAGGGCAUCUGAAAAUCCUGCAGGCGCUGCUGGGACAGCAGAUCGGGUCAUAUUUUGGCAGCGUGUUGCUGUCAAUGGACAUAGAAGGUGAUGGAUGCACAGACAUCCUCCUGGUGGCAGCACCUAUGUACUACAGCCAGGGCUGGGAGACAGGAAGGGUUUACAUCUACACAGUGACAGCUCAGACAUAUUUCACCCUGCAGGGGGUUCUCCAGGUUUCUGAGCAGUCUCAGAACUCUCGCCUGGGUUCUGCUUUGGCUGAGUUACCUGACAUGAAUGGUGACGGGUUCAAGGAGCUGGUGGUGGGAGCGCCGCUAGAAGAUGACCAUCAAGGAGCAGUCUAUGUCUUUUAUGGUCAAGACAAAACCAUUCAGCAGCAGUACAGACAACGUUUGUCUGCAGCAGGUCUUUCUGCAGGUUUGCAGUAUUUUGGUCAAAGUCUUCACGGUAUUCUGGAUGUCAACGCAGACGGGCUGGUUGACCUGGCAGUGGGAGCGCUGGGAGCCGCUGUUAUCAUCUGGUCUCGUGGUGUGGUGCAGAUUCAGUCCAAACUCACCUUUGAACCCGAGAAGAUCAACGUCUUUAACAAGGACUGUCAACGGGGAGGAAAGGAGGUCACCUGCAUGUCUGUGACCUCGUGUCUGAGCCUCAACCCCAGGACUAAGAUCCAGACAGACGUCGCGGUGUGGUAUAGUCUGGUGCUGGAUGAGUGCCGUUUUCCUCCCAGAGCCUUUUUAGAUGAAGCAGAGAGGCAGCAACCCAAGAAGAUCAUUCUACAGCCGGGUAGUCAACAGUGCCAGCACCACAGCUUCUCCGUCCAGGAGACCACAGAUUAUGGCCGUCCCAUAGUAGUUGUCAUGGAGACAGGAUUGCAGAAUCCCGAUGAGGGGCUUGUGUUGGACCCAGAUUGGCCCAGCAGCUAUCGGGUUGAGCUUCCCUUUUGGAACGGCUGUGAACAGGAGGACAACUGUGUUCCUGACCUGAUCCUCCACAGUCACACGGACCUGGUGGACGUCCAGCAGUUCUGCAGCACAACAGAGCGAGCCGCAUGGUCUCUUUGUCGCCAUAACAACAUGUCAGAGGGUUCGGUGCACAUCGUGGAAGCUGGCCGGAGGAAGAUGGUGGUUUUUGCCCGACUGGAGAACCAGGGGGAGAACGCCUACGGAGCCACACUCAAAAUCAACACCUCCCCCAACCUCAUCUUCUCCAGCCUCAUCGUCAAGGACCAAUCAGGUAUUAAGAUUGAGUGCUACCCUGAGGACAGAGUGUUCACUCAGAGGAUCUGUAACAUCAGCGCUCCGUUCAUGAAGUCGUUGUCUCAGGUUUCUUUCUGUCUGGAGCUGGAAUUCAGCCAUUCCAUCUUCCUGGACCACAUACAAGUUGUCAUGGAGACGAGCAGCGAGGGAGAAGAUGGAUAUCCAGACGACAACAUCAAUGAAAUCUUCCUUCCUUUGAAAUACCAAAGUGACAUCCUGUUCACGCGAGACCCAAACCCUCCUCGUUUUGAGAUCAGAGCUAACUCCUCCUCCUCUUCAUCGUGGGAUCAAUCAGGCAACAGGUCACCAAUCUUCAACCUCACAUAUUAUAUCCAGAACUUGGGCCUCUACUCUGUCCAGGACGUUAUGUUCAGGGUUAAUAUUUGGGCUGAAACCAGUCGGGGCAACCAGCUCCUGAACAUCACAGACUACAGCGUGGAGCAGGCAGCCUCGUCUAGCUGUCUCCUGCCUCGUCUCACCGCCACAGCAGCAGCCAGCGUCGUGGCAGCGGAGGACCUGUCUAAACUCUCACAGCUGAACCAAAGUAACAGCGUUAACAUGUCAGUUGGCUGCAGACUGACGCUGCCAACAGCCACAGAGGUCAAGGUGACGCUCAGAGGGACAUUUCAGGUCUCCACUCUGCACUUCGUGACCUUCAGGUCCUUGGAGCUGCUGACUGCCGCCUCCAUAAACCUGGAAGCAUCCAGUCCCAUGUUCCUGCAGGACGACAGACCUGUCCGACUGAUCAUUCUGGAGCUGAGGAAGGAGGAGGUUUACCGCGUCCCCACCUGGAUCAUCCUGGGCAGCUCUCUGGGAGGCCUCCUCUUACUGGCCUUACUGGUCCUGGCUCUGUGGAAGCUCGGCUUCUUCAAAAGACAGAGGAGGCAGGAAGAGGAGCAGCCUGUGGCCAAUGGAAAGGCAGCAGAGGAGCUGUAAGGACCAAGACUCUGCAGCUGCAUCGGGUCUUCAGUGGUGACUGAGGUGUUUUCCCCUUCAUGUGCUCAUCAUUCACAUGAGCUGUAAAGAGUAAAGACCAAACUGAAAACGAGCCGUCUUCAGUCUGCAGCAUCCUUCAUUUUACUCUUCAUCUGGCUUAGCAUCUUCACUGAGGAACCAAGACCAGACCUGAGGUCUGAGAUAGGCCAGGUGUCGUUUUUGUUCAGUCCAGCUCCGUCCAAGUCGCCUCCUGUUGCACUGCGGCCGGUCUGGGGUCUGUGCCAGACGGCUGCUGCUUACCUCACACAGACAGCACAGGUACAAAAACAGGUCGAACCUGAACUACACCCACAUAACUCAGUCUGAAAAAAA